CAGUCCCAGCCUUUGGGGCUGGCUGCAGCUGUCCCGGCCGGUGCCAGCUCCUCCCCCCGGCAACACGGAGGCUCCGAGGCCGGUGCUAUCCGGGAGCAAGGCCGGUGCUAUCCGGCAGCGAGGCCGGCUCGUCCUCCAGGCUUUCAUGGCACCGCCGGUACUUGCUCGCCGUGGGGCUGUGCCAGCCGUGCCUGCCUGCGAGCCCGCCUUUGCUGGCUGACGAGGGGCGAGGCGAGUGCCCGUCGAGAGCAGCGGGCCAGCAUGGCGCUGGCAGGUGCCCUGGGGCGGCUGCAGGAGGAGGCCACCUGCCCCAUCUGCCUGGAGUACAUGAACGAGCCGGUCAGCAUCGACUGCGGCCACAACUUCUGCCGGGGCUGCAUCGCCAAGCACUGCCAGGACAAGGGGCUGUGGGCCGACGGGCCCUUCUCCUGCCCGCAGUGCCGGGCCUCCUGCCACCGCAGCGGCUUCAGACCCAACCGGCAGCUAGCCAACAUUGUGGAGAGCAUCCGGCAGCUGGGGCCCGAGCUGGAGCCGGGGGUCCCCCUGUGCCCCCAGCACGACGAGCGCCUGAAGCUGUUCUGCGAGGAGGAUGAGGAGCCCAUCUGCGUGGUGUGCCGGGAGUCCGUGCAGCACCGCCCGCACUCCGUGUACCCCAUCGAGGAGGCGGUGCACGUCUACAAGGUCAAACUUCAGAAAUCCCUGGAGAACCUUUCACAGGAAGUGGAGGAGGUCAAGAAGCGUGAGUCAGCAGAAAGGAUGAAAACCCAGGAGUGCAAGGAGACAGUAAAGAAAAAGCGGGAGAGGAUUGUAAGUGAGUUUGGCAAGCUGCAUCGGCUGCUGGCUGAUGAGGAGAAGCUACUGCUCCAGAAGCUAGAGGAGGAAGAAAAGCAGAUUCUGCUUUUGAUCAACGAAAACCUGGCCAGGCUAUUGGAGGAGAAGUGCUUGCUGGAGGAGCUGAUCCUGGAGAUAAAGGAGAAGAGCCAGCAGCCAGCUGAUGGGCUGCUCAAGGACAUGAAAAGCAUCCUGACCAGGUGUGAAGGGGUAAAGUUCCAAUCCACCAAGGGUGUGUCUGUGACCCUGAAGGAAAACUACAGCAUUCCUGAGCACUGCCUGGGCAUGAGGGACAUGCUGAAGAAGUUCAAAGUGGACGUGAUUCUGGACCCAGAGACGGCGCACCCAGACCUCACUGUCUCUGAGGACCGCAAGAGUGUCCGGCGCGGGAGCAAGAAGCUGCUUCUGUCCCUCUUCAACAGCCCCAAGAGGUUUGGCACUGCCCCAGUGGUGCUGGGCAGUCCGGGCUUCUUCUCGGGCCGCCACUACUGGGAGGUGCAGGUGGGAGACAAACCCGAGUGGGGCCUGGGGCUGUGCCGGGAGGCUGCUGUCCGGAAAGGCUCUGUCCUCUUCUCCCCCAACAAUGGCUACUGGGUGCUGCAGCUGCAAAACGGGGGCACCUAUGAGGCCCUGACUGUGCCCGUCUCCCCCCUGACCCUGAGCGUGAGACCCCGGCGCAUUGGGAUCUUCCUGGACUAUGAGGCAGGAGAGAUCUCCUUCUACAACAUGAUACAGUUACAUUUCAAGGGCUGCUGGUAGUCUGGGCAUGGAGAUACAGAGAGCUGAAAGAAGUGUGGUGACUUGUAACCCUGAAGAUGAGGCAGAAGGAGUUCCAGGAGCAGGGUAAGGAAGGAAACAGUGAUUCUGAAAAUGAGGAGCAGCGUAACUGUGGGGUGAGAGCAUGGGCAGAAGUUGGGAUGUUGGGAAGAAAAGAGUAUCCUGUCUCAGCUGAUGAGAGAAAAUGACCACAGACGGGGGAAGCAGUACAAAGUAUGGGAGAGAGUAAGAGCUCUGUGAAGGCUGGGAAAGAGCUGAGACAGGGAUGGGUCACUGGGAAGAAGCCACCAGCCUCUACACAGAGAGCCCUGGAGGUCUGACAGACUCCCUGAGGAGGAGAGGGAAGGCCAGGCAGGGAGGUGAUGAGUGCUCUGGGAUGAGCUGGGGGCGGUCCAGCUGUAGUGAGAUGUUCCUAGAAGGAUAUCUGUUCUCUACUUCAUUUUUUUAUUUUCAGGACAUCAUGGAGUAGUGAUGCUGUGAUAGACACUUCCUGAAUAGCAGUGGAAGGCUGAUAAUGUCAAGUGGAGCAACCCAAGCUCACCCUGGCACCUCUGCACUCCCCCCAGCAGCACUGACUCAUCCUGUUUCUAUUAAAGGUUUUCAGCUACUGCCCCGGAACCUUCUGUAAAUAACCCGGUGUUUUCCCAAUAUCCUUCAGCCCUCCACCAGCUAUGCUGGGUUAGCUCCAUGCUCCAGGUGGGCAGUGUGGACUCCAGAGGACAAGGCACAGCAGAAACCCCAAAUUUGUCGCCAGGAGCCCCUCAGGGAGGCUCUUGCUGGGAGCUGUGGUGGUGUCUUCCACCGAGGUUGAGGAGAGCAGAUCUACCCUGUGGAGCAAAUAUGGCUCUUGCCAAGCUGAGCAUCCCCUUCCAUAGCUGAUCUGGCUCGUUUCCAUCUUCCCCUUUGCAGAGAGGCACCUUGCAGGUGCUCAUCAGUCCAGAUCCCAUUGACUCUGUUUGUCAUCUUGCUUGUCCUCAAAUAUCCUGGGCAGAUGAGGAGAGAGCCUGCCUCCACAUGCAGGGUGCCCAGGCAGGCAGGAGGUGGGAACUUGGCAUUUCGAUGGAUGCCAGCUGGGCCGGGAGGGAGUGAGCGUCACCUCCCUUGGAUGCUGCCUGGUAACUCAAGGAAUAGAACUUGUACACGGAUGUAGGAGCACGGUUUCCCUCUGAGCUGUCCUUUCUGACUGUGCCUUCAAGCAUCCAUGGGUUACAGCUGGAGAUCCAGCACCUACAGCCAAGUGCUCCCAUCCUGCUCCUGAGGCACAAGGUGCCAAAAUGUGGAGAAAUGUUCUGCUAAAAGAUGAAUUUCAUGAAAACAGAAGAAUUUUUUGGGAUCUGCUUUGAUUUUUUCAAAUAUUUUCAAUGAGAGGUUUUUCCUCAGACACCUCUGUGCCUUAAUUUCUUUGUCAGCAAGUACAUGCCAAAUUAUUUUGGACCCUUGGGGACUAUUUUGAAAAUAAAAGCAAAAAUUUCCUGAGUCAGUUUAGGAUCAGUUUAGUUUAGGUAAUGUGUGUUACAGAGGACUGGUAAGGGCUGAAAGGGCUUUUCUACUGCUGAAAGCCAAAAAUAAGCCCAAAGCCAAGUUUCUAGGAAUCUAAUUCUUCCUUAGAAAUCUGACAAAAGAUCUUGCUCUGCCAACUUGUGGACAGCUGGAGGAGGUGGGAGGUUACACUCAUGCCAAUGAUGCUCUGGGAUGUUGCAACAUGCUCCUAAAAAACUCUUUUCUUACCCACUUCCCACAUUCCAGUGAUGAAGAAAAGAGAAAGUCAUCUCUUCCAGCUCUUCCCCCUUUUAGGCAGGGAGGUUGAAUUUGUCUCAGAUGAAGAACCAUCUUCCCUGGGAGGUGGCCAUGGAAGGGUGGGAAAAGUGGGCUGGAGCAUGUCUGGGGGGAUUAAUUUAAUUACAAAGUGAAGUGGUUGUGUAAGAAGGAAGUUUUCCCAUCAGGUGGUUUCAGAGUUCCUGACCCAGCAGGCAGUGCUUGGAGUCAGUGGAAUUUGCCAUUUGAAGGAAUCUGGCUGAUGUUGCCCUGUUUUACAUAGAGGGAUAUGACUGAGGUUUUCUACAAGUCCCCCAAAAAAUCCCAGGAGAAAGUGCUAAGUAAAGCAAAUGCCCAAAAUAAGUUCCCUGACAGUAGAAAUAGGGAAAUUCUCUGUCUUGAAUGAAAGGGGAACCUGGAAAAAAACUGGUGAGACUGGCUGAUGUAAGCUGCUAUUUGUAGCAGGGUUUAAUGUUGAAGAAUUGGGAUUCACUCAGAAAAGCAAGUAAUUAAAAAUGUCCUGAGUUCAGAAGUUGUCCCUAAGCCAAGACCCACCAAGCCCUGCAGCAGCUCCAUCCUGCCCUGCUCCAGCUCCAGCACUGGUGACAUUACAUCGGUGUCCAGAAAUUUCACCCCCACCUUUCUUGACAUUGCUGUAGAAAUGUUGGAAUUUUUUAGAUGAUGUCACAUCCUGGAACUGACUCCAGUAAGAAACUGUGCCUGUGGGAGUGGCUGGGGACCGUCUGUCUCCAGUGUGGUGGGUCCAGGGGCCAGCACGGCCGUCUUGGCCGGUCACCUCUGCCUGGUUCACAGUAAACAUUUCGUGUUUCCCCAAAGCCGUGUCAGCACAGGAAGUUGGUCAUAGCUGAUAAGAAAUGUGUAUCUUGCUAAAGGUCCCAUCCUUCUCCAGCAACAGCAUUUAAAAAAAUAAUAAAAAAAAUAAAUUCCAGGGAAUGCUCUUCUUUCUAAUGGCUGAUGGCUCAGAUUUUUCCUGGCUUUGCUUUUGAAGCAGAGCAAACCACAAAGGGUGAAGUGUACAGUAUUUCAAAGCAAAUUGAAGUGAAAUACAAAAGCCUCUUUGCUCCACACCCCUCUCCAUUCUUGGCAUGAAAAGAAAAGAAAUAAACAGGGAAAACCUGAGUUUUUGCAAUUUUUGAGCCUUAGGGAGAUGACUGUGGGGCUGUGCCCCUGGCUCCAGGGGCUGGGACAUACCCAGCCCACCCCCUUCAGCAUCCCUCAAACCCCAAAUGUCUGGGAGGACUAGACAAAAUGUCUCUGCUGGGGCUGCAUCCUCUGCCCACCUCGUUCAGAUCAUUGUUGAGUCUCCCAGAGAGAGCAAGGAGGACCAGACUGAAAAUUCACAGCUCUGCUGGGAUGGAAACUAGAAGAGGGUGGAGUUAGAAUAGAUAU